AAGAGAUAAGCGGUGUUUUUGUGAAAUCAUUGGUGCCUAAUUCAAGUGCUUUUCAUUCAAAAAAAAUACAAUUAAAUGAUCUCAUCUUUGAGGUAAAUGAUAAAUCAUUGGAAGGUUUAAAUCAUAGUGAAUCAAUACGAACAUUGGUGAAUAGCGGGACAAGAGUAAAGAUAAAAUUAAUUCGUUUUUUACCUGGUUCACCGCAAGCUGAAUGUCUUGCAAUGCUUCAACGACAAGAAGCGACAGCUCAAGUGAUAGAUGUUCAGAGCACACUACGUGAUGUAGUAGCAGACUGGAAACAUCGACUUGGUUCUGAGUUUGAAGUGGUCAGUGUGGAUUUAAUCCCGGAUAAAUGCGAAGAUGGUGGUCUAGGUAUUUCGCUAGAAGGUACAGUGGAUAUUUUGAAUGGUGCCGAACUUUGUCCACAUCAUUACAUCGAUUCACUUAGGCCUGGUGGACCAGCUGCUUUCUCAAAUGCUCUCCGCUCAGGUGAUGAAUUAUUACAGGUUAACGAUGUAGUAUUAUAUGGCGAAUCACAUGUAACUGUAAGACAAGCGCUAAUUAAGGCUGCAUCUACAUCACAAAAAGUUAGGCUUACAGUAGCAAGGAAAGUUCAAACUGUAAAUGUAUUCAUGCCAAGGCCUGAAGAAAGCCUUCCAAUGGCAUAUCCUUUAUUGGCUGCUACAGAUGAUCGUCUUGUCAAGGCUAAAUCAGAAACUUGUCUAGCAAAAACUUUAGAUUCAACGAUCGCUGUGCUAGAACAGGUAUCACGACGUUUACGAUCCCGAUCAUUACAACUUUUCAAUGGAUUAGCUAUUUGGCGCUGUGUCCCAAUAAUCGUGCAAUUAGAGAAGGACAGUCGUGGUUUAGGAUUCUCAAUUGUUGACUAUCGGGAUCCAUUACAUCCAGGACAAUCGGUGAUUGUUGUACGAUCAUUGGUACCAGGUGGCCUAGCACAAGCAGAUGGUCGUAUAAUCCCUGGUGAUAGGUUAAUGUUUGUAAACGAUGAAGAUUUAUCAAAUAGCACAUUGGAACAUGCGGUUGCUAUCCUGAAAUCAGCUCCUGAUGGCUUAGUCCGAUUAGGUAUUGCAAAACCGGUUUCCAUUGAAGAGGCCUAA